AAUGGGGUAAUGCCGCUAUGGAAGAGAAAUGUGGGCUGGCGAUGGAUCCCGAGCGCUUCGAUUUGGCGCGGCCGCUGCGAUCCGCUGGGCGAGCUCGCACCCCACGUCGACGAGGUGGUGCCCAUCCUCUGGGGCCCCAUUGACAAUUUCACGCCUCGCAUCGUCACGCGGAGGCAAGUGGACAAUCUCAUCUCCCAGCAGUUCCAAGAGCUCAAUGUUAAAGAGUGCUGGCGAAAGAUUGGUGUAUACAAAUGCAAGCACCAAAGAAUCAAGAGACCACACUAUAUGGAUGUUGUUUAUCCACCCGUCUAUUCUAUGGCCUUUGAAGAUCCUGAGAAGCCUUUACAUGUGGACGUAGGAUCCGGUGAUGGAAAGAUGAUCAUGCUUUUAGCCAAAAGGAACCCCCACAUCAAUUACCUUGGUCUCGACAAGAGCCCAAAGAGAAGCGAGAUCUCCACUCGGUUUCAAGAAGUUCUUGGCCUCAAAAACUUGCAUUUUGUGUGCUGCAACGCGACGAUCUCCUUCGACACUAUUCUUGCAACGUAUCCUGGUCCGUUGGAAUUUAUAUCCAUCAUGUGCCCAGAUCCUCACAUCUACAGCAUUUACUAUCGAAUACGUAUGGUAAACAAAGACCUUGUGGAACGAUUUAUGCGAUGCCUUGCUCCUGGUGGAAAGAUCUUGUUCCAAACCGAGUUCGAGGCUGUGGCGGGAUAUCUCAAGAAGUACCUUGAAAAACACCUUGGAACUUACAUCACUGAAGUGGACAAAGGCAACACUUUCGUGUACGACGAAGAUGGGUGGCUUCUCAUGAAUCCGCUGGGAGUGCGCUCCGAGACCGAGAUCGACGCUGUUGCUCACGGACAGAAAGUUUUUCGGAGGUUCUACCAGAGGCUUGACACCGAGUACGUCAAGCCGGUGGCACAGGCGGAGCUGCUGGCUAUCGACUUCGAGUCUCCAAAUCCUGACAAGCAGCUUUCCCCUCGAGAGAGCAAGAUUUACAGAUGGCUCGAGUCGCCACGCAUUGAGAAGCGACGGCGGCCAAGAAAGAUGUGCAACAUGUUGAGACGGCUUCCGGAGGGCGUGGCUCGCGACAUCAUUCUCAAUUCGGAGACGUAUCCCCGUGGCUGGUUUCUGAGGCUCUUGAGGAAUCCUCGCUUGAAGAAGAUAAAAAAGAAGCCUUUUGAGACGAGGCCAAGGAUACUACCGAUCCACAAGCGGCCCCUGGAGAUUGUUCGUGAGGACAUCGGAUAGCUAAGCACUACGUACUUGAAGAUCAAAAAGCUUCGCUUGGUUCCUGAUGAGGGAAUAGCCUGCUGUGUCCUUGACGCUCAAAUCCAUCAGGGAUUCGUAUGCUCUCUUUCCCAACUCAAUGUUGUCCCACUUCCGGCA